UCAGAGAGAAAUAAUGUACGCUAUUUAAACCCGGCCAGCUUAUCUUAUCGUCGAAUAAAACCGUUAUGUUUCGCCCCGCGAAUGAAUCAAGGAACGCUUCGACGAAUGAUUCUAGGAUCGACUCGCACGACAGGAAUCGAAAUCAGCCAGACGCUCAAAACUUUUUCGUUCAGAUAAACUUUCCGAUAAAAUCUGAAACUCCGAUAAUUGUCGAUAGCCUUCAAUUUCGAAUAAAAAAAGAGAAAAUAAAAAAUCACUGUUGCAACACGCAUGCAACGUGACCGAACAUCGGUGACCUCGACCUCCCCGCGUUAUAUUCGACGAAAAAAGGAAAAAAAGCAAAAGCGCGAAAAAUCAACCGAGGAACGUGCAAUUUCACCGGUCAACGAUGCAGGAAGGAAACGAAAGAAGGAAGGAAGAAAGGAAGGAAAGGAGGAAGAAAAGACGGCGGAGAGGAGGAGUAAAAAGAGAGGAAAGUAG